AUGGAGCUCCCUAGAAAGUUUUACCAUGAUGCUAUGGCACUCCGGAUGCCACACGCCUCGCAUGGCCAACAGUUCCUGAAUCUGGUGGUACAGCGCUUUGCGAGAGACAUUGGAGCCGAUAUUAUCACCUUAGAACUACACGAUUUUGAGCACCUUACUACCUAUUUUGCCACACUAUCUGGUCGUUCCCUUCCCAAUGGAAUAUCAACAUUCAGAGAUCUUUAUUUCACAGAGCCUGAAGAAUCGCCGGAGACGUCGAAAUGGGAUGAAAACCCAGAUACUUCGAUGUUAGAUCUGGAUAUGACAAAAUUAGAGUCAAAGGAAACAGAAUCAGACAAACCUGAAGAACCUGAGCCUAAACAAGAAGCAAGAGAGAAGCUUCCAUUUCCGUUCGCACAAUUGUUUGCUUCGAUAUCUGAAAACUUCUACAGGCCCCCUCGCAAUAUUUUGACGCAUUUGAGAGAUGCUGUCAAAGAAGCCAGAAGUCAAGGAAAGGAUAUUGCUGUUAUCGCCCUUGAUAACCAGGACGAUCCAAUAUAUGGUCGUUGGCCACCGCCACCUCCGUAUGAUAGCCAGUUCCUCUCUGAUCUCGGGUCUAACCCAGUCAAGGCAGUGCAGAUAAUAGUGCCGAUAAAAACGGAUUUACAGACAAAGCUACUUGAAAAGGACUACAAGAAGUCGGUGCAGAAAGUUAACAUUCGAAAACUGCAGAAGAAGAUCCAAGAAGGAAAAAAAACCCUGUCUUUCUCGGGAUUGUUGGAGCCACACGCUGAUUGGGGACUCUCGGAGGAGAGUUUCGCCACAAAACGGCUCAAUGACCCUCGCUUCAGGGAUCGCGAAAUUGAGUUAAUGGUAAGUGCCCUAAGCGCCAAUCUAGACAUUGAAAAUAUCGAAAAAGUAUUUGCGAGACUCAAGGUGCUAGACGAGUGGAUGGAGGAGGAGAAGGAGAAGCCACCACCAGGACAAUGGGACAGCUUCCACGAGGACGCACGGAAAGCCAUUGAGACGAUCAAAAAUGAUUCCUUCAAAUAUGAACACGAAAACACAUUACUGGACUCUAUUGUCAACUCCGGUAAAGCUGGAAAGACAUCGAAGUCGACGAAGACACCCAAAGGCACAAUCAAACAACUCGUAGACCUAGCCAGCUCCGACCCAAAGUCCCAAUACGGUCUCUUACGAAAAUCUCGCAUUCGCGGCGCCCUGCUCUACGGCCCGCCAGGGACGGGAAAGACACAACUAGCCCGAGUCUUGGCGCACGAGUACAAAGCCGUAAUGAUACACGUAUCCGCGGCAGAGCUUGAAAGCAAAUGGGUAGGGGAAUCAGAGAAGCUGAUCAAGGCUCUCUUCAACCUCGGCUCGAUGGUUGCCCCCAGUAUUAUAUUUAUCGACGAAGCCGAUGCUCUGUUCCGGAAGCGUGGCACAGACGACCGGAGCUGGGAACGGAGCCGUCUCAAUGAGUUGCUCAAUCAGCAAGACGGGUUGAAAGCCUCCAAGAUGCCGCCGUUCUUGCUGCUCGCGAUGAACCAUCCGAACGACCUAGACGACGCUGUCAUGCGCCGUGUACCCGCGCGUUUAUUCAUCGGCUUGCCACCUCUCUCUGCUCGUGAGAAAAUCUUCAGCAUAUUCCUCCGAGACGAGAAGGUAGACCCAAGCGUCAAUCUCUCACAUCUAGCCGGUCGCACCGCCGGCUUCACCGGGUCAGACAUCAAGACGCUCUGCACCCAAGCAGCGCUUAUCUGCCAAACCGAGCUCGACAAGUUGGACAAAUCAAGCGAGAUCCGGGUGCUCACCAAGGGGCACUUCGACGCUGCAUUAGCUCGAACCGGUCCGACCGUUUCCGAAGGCGCCAUCCAGCAGAUCCGAGACUUCGCGAAGAAGUUCGACCCUUCUGCAGUUCAAAAGAUGGACAGAGCAGGCAGAGACCAAAAAAUCCCCGAACCACUAAAGGAAAACAUUGCCGAUCCGGGACUUGCAACGUUAGAUGAUAUCUGGAGGAAGUAUGACAGCAUUUCAGGCAAUAAGAGGCCUAAGAUGAAUGAUUCUUUCGAUAGAUUUAGAAAUCCAUCUAGGAACGUGGGUUUUGAAGACGAGUUGCUCAAGUUUAAGCAACAUGUUGGACGAAAAGAUGCAUGA